AUGGGGAGAGAAGAAAAACCGUCCUUCGUGGCCAGGCAUAAGCCAUCGCUCGUCGUCCUCGCCUCCCAAAUAUCCGCUGCUGUGGUACAUGGGGUCGUCAAGUCGCUGGAGAAUGGGGUGGACCAUGUCGAUCCCUUUCAGAUCCUCCUGAUCCGGAUGAUCAUCACGGGGGUAGGCUGCUCGCUCGGUCUUUGGCUUAGACGAGUGCCAGAGUCUCCCUGGGGUCAUCGUGAUGUUCGCCCGAUGCUGCUGUUGAGAGCAGUUGGAGGGGUGCUUGGUGCAGCCGGCAUGUACUAUUCGAUUCGAUACCUCACGCUGUCUCAAGCAACCGCCCUGAACUUCCUUGCACCGAUGGGCGCCAUGAUCAUAUCGAAAUAUAUGGAUCAUGGGACAUUCACGUUUAUUGAUCGUGCGGGCGCCGCUAUAGCGCUGGCCGGGGUGGUCAUGGUGGUUCAGCCUGACAACUUCUUCAAGCCUGGCGAGACGUUAUCACUUGGGCCCAAGCCAGAUGCCUUUGCGAAAUGGAAAGGUCUGGCAUGUGGUUUAAUAGGUGUCAUGGGCACAAUCACCGCUCUGACAACCAUGCGCCGCAUUGGAUCUCGAGCACACCCGCUUACCGUCGUCAACUAUUUUGCGUGGGUUGUUGUGCUGGUUGCCAUGACAGUGGUGAUAAUCAAGCAGCUCAGUUGGCCCAGCAGCCCCAAGGCAUGGGCAUAUAUGAUCAUUGUCGGGGUUUUCGGGGGCCUGAUGGAAUUUCUCCUGACACUUGGGAUCGCGAGCGACGCGUCAUCCGUGGCGACCAUCAUGAUCUACUCGCAGGUCUUGUGGGCUCUGAUACUCGACCGCAUUUUCUGGCAUGUCAGCAUGAAUGUGUGGACGUUUGUAGGGGUUGGAAGCGUGAUAGGGAGUCUGACCCUAGUCUCUCUGGCAAAGGAGAUACCAGCCUUUGGUCGGACGAAGCAGCGUUACGAGACUCUUCCUAUUAUUGACGACAACGGCGUUACGGUGCAUGAGAUUGAUCUAGAUAGCCUUUAUGACUAUGAUGAAACAGAUGAGAUAUUAUAG